GGCAGUAGCGAGCGAGGCUCCCGACUGAGCGGAGGCCUCGACUAGAACUCUUUAUUCUGUGCUCUGGCGACUAAUCACUGUUUACAUAUACACAAUCAGCUGUUUCUCUCGAAAUUAAAAUGAAGAUAACUAGUGUAGUGAUAUUCUUAAGUUUAGUGAUAAAUUCUUAUGAGAAAUCCACCCCCCAAGAUGACCACUACGUAGGAGCUGUGGUGGAGUACACAGUCACUGGGAACGUGGCGACGAACCUCGCCAACUAUGCUAACCUUAUUAAGGAAGCUGCUGAUCAGGGUGCAGAUAUUGUCGUGUUUCCAGAACUGACGCUCACGAAUAGCUCGACUACCUUCGAAGUACCACUGUAUGGCAAUCUACGAGACCACCCUGUCCCGGCUCUGAGUCCUGAUUUGUAUGAUGAGUUCAUGGUGACGAUAUCAAACGCUGCGCUACAAAAUGACAUCUACGUGGUGAUCAACGGCCGCGAGCUGCUGGACUGCACGGUGCAGCAGGCAGCAGACGAGUACUGCCCGGAGGCCAAGCAGUACGUCUUCAACACCAACGUCGUCUUUGACAGGACUGGAAAGGUCAUCGACAGGUUCCGUAAGAUCAACUUAUUUGGUGAGUUCUCUCACACGCCUGCCCUGCGCCCGGACCUGGGGGUGUUCGAGACUGACUUCGGCGUCAGCUUCGGCCACUUCAUCUGCUUCGACCUGAUGUUCCAGGUGCCAGCCGUGCAGGUCGUGCAGAAGAGCAAAGUCAAGAAUGUCAUCUUCCCUACUAUGUGGUUCUCUGAACUGCCAUACUUAACAGCUGUGCAAAUACAGGAGGCAUACGCCUAUUCCCUGGAUGUGAACUUCCUCGGAGCUGGAGCUAACAAUGUCAGAGUUGGCAGUGCAGGUUCCGGAAUAUACUCUGGAAAGGCGGGCGCCCUGAUUAGCAUCAUGCCUGGAUUGCCAACCACUAAAGUACUUGUAGCCAAAGUGCCUAAAGUUCCUGGACAAGUAACAGAGCCGUUCCCGGGCCCCAUAUACGAUGACCCGGCCAACCACGACAACUUGAAAUUGAUCACAGACCCCUCCCUACCGUCUCACGUCACUAGACUGCUGGAACUAGGCUCCCAGGAGUUCACAUUGGUGGACAAAGACGUAUCAUGCACCUUUAAAGUCACUCUCGCCCAGAGGGAGGGCAACACGCCGGUGUACUAUCGCGCCUUCGUCCAAGAUGGCACCAACACAUAUGCAAGGCGUGAAGUAGGUGUAGCUGCGUGCCUCCUCGUCGCUUGUAAAACUGAUGACGUCAACUCCUGCCCUUACAGGUUCAACAAACAAGAAGAGAUCACAGUAGAAAAACUAGAAAUAGAAAUGAGAACACACGACAAUACGUACAACGAUACACUGCAAUGCGACAACAUCGAAUAUUUCCCAGUCACAGUGAGAUAUAACAAGUUCCCACUAAGUCCUAAGAAUUUCACAUACACUGUUAAAGAGAAGGACCCACAACAAUGCGAACCUGAUGAUCAGAACACUAUAUCAGUUUUGCAGCAAGAAAUUCUGAGUAGAAAGAGUCGAGAGACUUUGAGAUUCAAGAUAAAUGUUCCUCAAAAUGAGCUGGUAGCGUUUGGUAUUUGGGGCAGGGUUUAUACCAGGGACGUGGAUCACAAUAAGGGGGCAUCCGAAGAAGAUAUACAAAACUUCAAUACUUUACUGGACGAUAUAUUCAGUUCCGAAUAAUGUGCUAUUAAUUUUGUAAAUGAAUGUGCCAUUUUUUUUAAACUUGAUUGAAGUACUAACAUCGUUGUGAUUGUGAUGUGGAAUCGUUUUGGAGAAAAAGGUCUGAUACGUUGUUGUUUUGUUUAUUUUAGGUAGACCACAUAAAGAUAUUUUUUUACUUGAAUUUUUCAAUUUACGUACGUAAGUACAAUGGUGGUCACAUGCGCCUGAUCACCACUAAGUUAAUGUUUGCUUGCACCUGAUAAGAUACGCUCUCUAGCCCCGCUUAGGUUGGUGUCGGAGCAGGCGUAGGUAGUCAAACAAGGGAUUACACGCGUUGCGUCACUAAGCUAUGACGUUAUCGCUUUUCUAUUAAAUGAGACAUUUUUAGGCUUAAUGUUUAUGCUGGGUUCAAGCAAUAACAUAUUAAAAUGAUCAGGCGGAUCUGUCCUCCACUGUACGUAUUCGUAAUAUAUGGAGAAAAAGUUUGUAUUCAAAAUUAGUACAUUCUUGUUGCAUAUUUACAUUAGAUUUAUUAUUGAAGUUUUCGACAUGUACCUAAUCUAGUUUUUGCUGUAGUUAUAAUUUUAUUGUUGUAUUCAGUACUGAUGAUUAAUGAUCUGGUUUCCUACAUCUAUUUCUUUUUGUAUGUUUUAAAAAUAUUUUUAGUAUGUGAUAAAUUGAUUGAAAGACUGAUAUUUUUGGAUGAUAGAUCGAAUUUAAAGGAAAAGAUAUGGAAUUGUAAACAUUGUGAUGAAUGCUGCAAAAAUGUUUUAUAAUACUUAGAUUCUGGAUGACAAGUUCAUAGAACUUUAUUCUUUAGUUUAAGAGUAAUAAUAGUGAUAAUCGCUUGUCAAAUUACGUAUAAUGAACAUUAAUUUAGUAUAGGUAUGUCUAGUAGUUAUUAUUUCGUAUGCUCUUGAAAGUUGAAUUUUAAAAAUUAUGCCUUAGUAUUUUACCAUCAAUAGAAUAACAUAAAUAUUUUGUUCAAGAGUUAAUGUUAUCUAUAAAAAAAAAUUACAAUGAUUGAUUGCAUUGCUCGUACGGUUGCAAACCACACUAUACUGGGUUCAAUGUCCAAGUCGAACAAUGCGAAUGGCAAUGAACUUGAAUUAUAUUAUUACAUAAACAAUGGCAUAAAAUAAACGAUGCCAAUAUUAUAUCCUAUACAAAUACACCUUAGUCUAAUCCUUUGGUUGAUAGCUAGUACAAUAUUAUUUUAUGAUGUAAUCUUAUAAGAAUUAAAUAAUUGCGUCUUAAAGUA